AUGGCUUUUGAGCUGAUGUUUAGUGUGGCAUUGCUUCUGUCCUUGUGGUCCACUGCAGGAUGUGACUUUGUUGUGGAGGGAGUUCUUCAAAUGGAGUGUCAUGAUCGUUACUUCAUGAUAGCUGUUGACCUCACAGCCACUGGAGAAGCUCCUCGCUUUGAGGCUGUUGAUAGGACAGGUGCAUAUGCCAUCACUGAGGAUUAUGCAGCAAAGUGUGGUUACAGUGUCAGCGUCCUCUCUUUUCUGGGCCUUGUAGAGCUCAGAGCAUCUUACUUCAGCUGUCACACUGAGAGGGUUGGUGGAUUCUCUUUCAGAUUUAAUUUGAUCACCUCCUACGAUGGGGUGGAUGCCUACUAUGAACUCAAUAAGACCUGUCCUCUCCCUCCACCUUGGUCGCCUAGAGAGGUUACAUGUGAGGUCAACUACAUGGAGGUUUCUGUAAGGAGUGAACUUCCCUGUCCAUCUGGGUUAAGUGAUGACUUCAGCUCACUCAGCCCUCUGUAUAGUGCUUCAACCCAGGAAUGGCAGGUGACCUUCCAAAGUCCAGAGGAACAGAUGCCACCUAUGAACUUGUCUCAAGCUCGACAGGAGGGCUAUGUAUUUGACAUAAUCAAUGACAGAAUAGUGUUUCGCACACCAUAUGGUCAACCAGAAUCGUACGGCACUGAGCUGAAUGGUGUCCCAGUUGAAGUGAUCCACGCAACAGUGUUCUCACGGCAGAGCUGGAUUGUUGUCAUGGUUGACCUGGUUGCUGCUUGCUCAAUGGAUGAAGGGUCAUUUGAGGGUGGCUACAUGAUCUGGGACACCCCAGAAGCCCUCUAUCCCAGUCUUGGCAGCACAAAGAUUAGUCUGGGACUCGACGGUAACCUUGUAGAGCAGGCUGCUGCAGAGCAGGCUGGAUUCAUUAUGGCACGGCAGAACUCGACCGUCCAAAUCGGAAUCCCUUAUAAUGCCAAAGGAGGCUACAGGAAGAGUUAUGUAAGCAACGGCAUCUUUGAAUUCUACAUCUUCAACCUCUACUUGAAACAAAUCUCAGUGGAUGAGCAUCAUGAAGAGACGGCACUCCGGUUUCACAGGACUCUUGUUACUCCCCUUUUGCCAUCUUCACUUUUCACUGAAGACCAAACUGAUGUGAAAGAGGGCACAUUUACAAUCUAUCUGGGCAAAGUUCCCAGAGAUGUUGUGCUGACAUCUGUUAAGCUAAACGGGCAUGAAUUUGCAGUGCCCCUUAGUGACACCAGUGCAUACACCCUUACAGAAGUCAGUUAUCCCAAUAAAACUCAUAGCUACACUCUGAAAGUACUGUUGAAUGACCCAAUAGUCAUUCAGGAGUUUUCCAAAGAGAAUGCAGCCAUGUUGCACAAACUGGACAUAAACUACACCCUGAUUGCCUUACCUGGAGAUGAGCCAUACCACCACACUGUCUCAGUUACUGCACUAAUGGCUGUCUCCCCUCCAGCUUUUGACGCAAACUGUACGGCAUCUGGGAUUGACUUCAAGUUGGCCUAUCGCCCUUUUGAUUACUUGUGGUACAUCAGCAUUGGCCCUCACCGAUUGACACCGGCGCUGGCAGCCAUGCAUGGCUACACCAUGAGCAAUGAUAGCCAGAGGCUGUUGCUCAGUGUACCAUUGUUUACACAUGGCUACAAAUACCAGAAUGUCAGCCUGAAAGGAUUUCUUGGGACAUUUACAAUCCUCAUGAGGGACCGUGACACCUCAGAAGUACAGACUUCAACAAUUAAGACAUGCCUAUUUAAUACCACAGAGUUUAUUAUGUGUUCAACUACUGGAUGGAUGACUGUGGUGGCUGAUCUUUCUCUGGUCCUCCAUGAGAUCCCAACAAAACCUCACCUCAUUAACAGAGCCUGUCUACCUAAAGAAGUGGAUGGCACACGAGUACUCUUCUCAUUCCCACUUCACAGUUGUGGUUCCAUAGUAAAGCUGGAAAAGGGAAAUGUGACCUAUCAAAACAAGAUCUACUUUGUUUCCAACAAUGUUACUGAAGGAAUUACUGUGCAAUGCAGAUAUCCACUAGUGGGUCUCUACCGCCUCUUCUCGGCUCACAAAUUUGAAUCUGACAAGGAGGGUGUGGGAAGCAUUAUUCCUUUUGUGGACCAUGCAAAAGGUAUGUUUGCAGCUUAAAAGCUGAGCAAGACUUGUGCUCAAACCAUUUACUAAACUUCAUCUAUCUUCCCGUUGCACCAGCUCCUGC